AUGAGUGAGCCUCACCCCUGGGCCAGAUGCCCACCUUUCCGGGUGGCCGGCGUCGGGAGAAUCCUCACUUGUGCCUUGUUUCUCCUGGGUUGCUGGGGACUCUCCGAUUUCCAGCAGAGUUUUCUUCAGGCUUUGGAGCCAGAGGAGGUGUUGUCUUACUUUGGCCCUGAUGCUACCUUAAAAGGCCUCCCUCCUUCUCCUCGCCUCCGCCUCCGGAGAGGGGCUGCAGGGGCCAUCCUGCACCUGGAGCUGCUAGUGGCCGUGGGCCCCGACGUCUACCAGGCUCACCAGGAGGACACGGAGCGCUAUGUGCUCACCAACCUCAACAUCGGGUCGGAACUGCUGAGGGACCCAUCCCUGGGAGCACAGUUCCGAGUGCACCUGGUGAGGAUGAUCAUUCUGACAGAGCCUGAGGAUGCUCCAAAUAUCACCGCCAACAUCACCUCGUCACUGCUGAGUGUCUGUGAGUGGAGCCAGACAAUCAACCCUGCAGAUGACGAGGAUCCUGGACAUGCUGAUCUGGUCCUCUACAUCACCAGAUUUGACCUGGAGUUGCCUGAUGGUAACCAGCAGGUGCGGGGAGUGACCCAGCUGGGGGGCAUCUGCUCCUCCUCCUGGAGCUGCCUUAUAACUGAGGACACUGGCUUCGACCUGGGGGUCACCAUCGCCCAUGAGAUAGGGCACAGCUUCGGCCUGGAGCACGACGGCGCGCCCGGCAGCGGCUGCAGCCCCAGUGGCCACGUGAUGGCGUCGGACCGCGCCGGCCCCGUCCGCGGGGACCUCGCCUGGUCCGCCUGCAGCCGCCGGCAGCUGCGGCGCCUGCUCGGCGCAGGACGGGCGCGCUGCGUGUGGGACCCGCCGCCGCCGCAGCCCGGNCCCGCGGGGCGCCCGCCCGAGGCGCAGCCAGGCCUCUACUACGGCGCCCAGGAGCAGUGCCGCGUCGCCUUCGGCCCCGCCGCCGUCGCCUGCACCUUCGCCAGGGAGCACCUCGACAUGUGCCAGGCUCUCUCUUGCCACACAGACCCGCUGGACCAAAGCAGCUGUAGCCGCCUCCUUGUUCCUCUCCUGGACGGGACAGAAUGUGGCGUGGAGAAGUGGUGCUCCAAGGGUCACUGCCGCUCCCUGGCAGAGCUGGCCCCUGUGGCGGUGGUACAUGGGCACUGGUCUAGCUGGGGCCCUCGCAGUCCCUGCUCCCGCUCCUGUGGAGGAGGUGUGGUCACCAGGAGGCGACAGUGUGACAACCCCAGACCUGCCUUUGGGGGACAUGUGUGCAUUGGUGCUGACCUCCAGGCUGAGAUGUGCAACACCCAGGCCUGUGAGAAGACCCAGCUGGAGUUCAUGUCGGAGCAGUGUGCCGAGACCGACAGCCAGCUGCUGCAUCUCGCCCCAGGCAGCACCUCCUUCUACCGCUGGGGCGCCGCCGCAGAGUACAGCCAAGGGGAUACUCUGUGCAGACACGUGUGCCGGGCCAUUGGCGAGAGCUUCAUGGUGAGGCGGGGAGACAGUUUCCUGGAUGGGACGCGGUGUGUGCCAAGUGGCCCUCAGGAGGAUGGGACCCUGAGCCUGUGCGUGGCAGGCAGCUGCAGGGCGUUUGGCUGUGAUGGCAGGAUGGACUCCGGGCAGGUGCGCGACGCGUGCCAGGUGUGUGGGGGAGACAACAGCACGUGCAGCCCACGGAACGGCUCUUUCACGGGUGGAAGAGCCAGAGAAUACGUCACAUUCCUGACGGUGACUCCUAACCUGACCAAUGUACACAUCGUCAACCACAGACCUCUCUUCACACACUUGGCAGUGAGGAUCCGAGGGCGCUACAUCGUGGCUGGGAAGGCGAGCAUCUCUCCCAGCACCACCUACCCCUCCGUCUUGGAAGACAGCCGUGUCGAGUACAGGGUAGUCCUCACUGAGGACCGGCUGCCCCGCCUUGAGGAGAUCCACAUCCGAGGACCCUCCUGGGAAGACAUUGAGAUCCAGGUUUACAGGCGGUACGGCGAGGAGUACGGCGGCCUCACUCACCCAGACAUCACCUUCACCUACUUCCAGCCUAAGCAGCUGCAGGGCUGGGCAUGGGCCGCCAUGCGCGGGUCCUGCUCGGUGAGCUGUGGGGCAGGGCUGCGCUGGGUGACCUACAGCUGCCUGGACCAGGCCAGGAACGAGUGGGUGGAGGCCGCCCGGUGCCGAGGGAGCCUGCAGCCACCAGCAUGGCCGGAGCCCUGUGUCCCUGCACCCUGCCCUCCGUACUGGGCGGCUGGAGACUUCGGCCCAUGCAGCGCCUCCUGUGGGGAAGGUCUGCGGGAGAGGCUGGUGCACUGCGUGGAGGCCCAGGGCAACUUCCUGAAGAUAUUGCCCCCAGUCCAGUGCAGAGCGGUGGCCCAGCAGCCAGUGGCAGUGGAAGCCUGCAACUCCCAGCCCUGCCCCACCAGCUGUGAGGUGACAGACGCCGGCCCAUGCACGUCGGCCUGUGGAGCAGGCCUGGCCUCGCAGAACGUGACGUGUGUGGAGGGGGGCUUGGAGGCUCCAGCAACUUCAGGGCCCUGCCCCACAGACGAGGAGUCGCCUGUUCUCGAGCCUUAUGUCAGGACAGCAUGUCCUCCAGCCCAUCUGGACCCCAAGUCUCCAGGGGAGGAGGCUCCACGUCUAUCGGGCAGUGCCAGGCUGGGGGCUCGUGCUGCACACGUGUGGAUGCCUGUGAUGGGGCCGUGCUCUGUCUCCUGUGGGCGAGGCUUGAUGGAGCUGCGUUUUGUGUGUAUGGACUCUGCCCUCAGGAUGUCUGUCCAGGAAGAGCUGUGUGAUUUGGCAAGCAAACCUGAGCACCGACGGGAAGUCUGCCAGGCAGUCCCGUGCCCUGCCCAGUGGCGGUACAAGCUGGCAGCCUGCAGCGUGAGCUGUGGGGGAGGGGUUGUGCGGAGGAUCCUUUAUUGUGCCCGGGCCCAGGGGGAGGACAAUGAUGAGGAGGUCCUGCCAGACACCCAGUGCCAAGGGCUGCCCCGCCCAGAGCCCCAGGAGGCCUGCAAUCUGAAGCCCUGCCCACCCAGGUGGAAAGUCACAUCCCUUGGCCCCUGCUCAGCCAGCUGUGGCCUUGGCACUGCUAGACGCUUGGUGGCCUGCGUGCAACUCGACCGAGGCCGGGAUGCUGAGGUGGACGAGGCAGCCUGUGCAGCUUUGGUGCGGCCACAGGCCAGUGUUCCCUGCCUCAUGUCUGACUGCACCUUCCGGUGGCAUGUCAGCACCUGGACAGAGUGCUCCGUGUCCUGUGGGGACGGCAUCCAGCACCGGCAUGACACCUGUCUUGGACCCCAGGCCAAGGUGCCCGUGUCGGCCAACUUCUGCCAGCACUUGCCCAAGCCAGCGACAGUGCGGGGCUGCUGGGCCGGGCCCUGUGUGGGGCAGGGGACACCCAGCCUGGCCCCCCACAAGGAAGCCACUGCUCCAGGCCAGACCACUGCCACCCCUGCUGGUGCUUCCCCAGAGUGGCCCCAGCUCGGGGCCCGGGCCCGCCUCCUCUCCCCAGCAACCCAGCCUCAGGGGCUCCUGCCCGGGCACCACGGAAGCCCGGCAGAGUCCAGUGCCUGUGGCAGGCAGCACCUAGAGCCAGCAGGAACCAUUGACAUGCGAGGCCUAGGGCAGGCAGACUGUGUGGUGGCCAUCGGGCGGCCCCUGGGUGAGGUGGUGACCCUCCAUGUCCUCGAGAGCUCCCUCAACUGCAGCGCAGGGGAGAUGCUGCUGCUUUGGGGCCGGCUCACGUGGAGAAAGAUGUGCAGGAAGCUGUCUGGCCUGACUUUCAGCUCCAAGACCAACACGCUGGUGGUGAGGCAGCGCUGUGUGCAGCCGGCAAGUGGGGUGCUGCUGCGGUAUGGGAGCCAGCCUGCCCCGCAAGCCUUCCACAGAGAAUGUGACAUGCAGCUCUUUGGACCCCAGGGGAAAAUUGUGAGCCCCUUGCUGAGUCCAGAAGGGAGGAAUGGAGGCGGAUGCCGGCUCUUCAUCGAUGUGGCUCCACAGGCCCGGAUUGCCAUCCACGCCCUGGCCACAGGCAUGGGCACUGGAACCGAGGGAACCAACGCCAGCUACAUCUCGGUGAGGACACCAGGAUGGGAACAGAAAUGGGCUGAAUUUGCUGAUUCUGGACAGCUGUCCCUAGGGACAGGGAGAGGGGCUUGUGCGAUCUCCGGCCUCUUCAACUGCAUCACCAUCCGCCCUCUGAACAUCGCGGCCGGCGUGUGGAUGGUGUGA